AUGCUGCAGCCACGGAUAUGCCAUUUUCACCCCUCACGGCUGGGGAGGGCGCUGCUGUCUGCCCGGACCUAUGCCCAGGCCAUCGAUCAGGUGCCCCCACCGUCCAUUAAGCCCACUGCAUCCGCGAAUGGAGGCACUCUCCAGGCCGACAACUCGCGGAGAGACCGCUUCAUCCCGCUGCGUACAUACAAGCCUCGGACACCUGGUCUGCGACAUCUGAAGCGGCCUGUAAACGACCAUCUGUGGAAAGGACGGCCGUUCCUCAAGCUCACGUUCGCGCGGAAGGGGCAGCAUCUGGGAGGGAGGAACAACACAGGACGAGUCACAGUGCGGCACAGAGGUGGCGGGCACAAGAGGCGGAUACGGGUCGUGGACUACAAGCGCUAUCUGCCCGGGAAGCAUGUGGUGGAUAGGAUAGAGUACGACCCGAACCGCAGCUCGCAUCUGGCACUCGUCACCCGAGUCGAAACAGGAGAGAAGUCGUACAUUAUCGCAGCAGACGGAUUAAGGGCCGGGGAUGAAGUCGAGAGCUUCAGGACCGGUAUCCCGAAAGAGUUGAUUGCCAGCAUGGGUGGUGGCAUCGAUCCUGGUAUGCUGGCUGCAAAGACUGCAUCGCGAGGCAACUGUCUACCCAUUCACAUGGUUCCCCUCGGUUCGCAGAUCUUCAACAUUGGUUCCAAAACCCAGGGGGGAGGCGUCUUCUGCAGAAGUGCUGGCACCUACGCCGUCGUGGUGAACAAGGAGGAGGUUGAGAAAUCCAAAGGCACUGAGAUUGCAAGUGUCAUUAUUCGUCUACAGAGUGGAGAAAUCCGCAAAGUCAGCCCCGAUGCGUGCUGCACCAUUGGUGUUGCCAGCAACCCCCAGGCACAUUUUGCACAGCUUGGCAAGGCAGGACGCUCCCGAUGGCUAGGCAUUCGGCCCUCAGUUCGUGGUCUUGCCAUGAACGCAGCUGAUCAUCCCCACGGUGGUGGUCGUGGUAAAUCAAAGGGUAAUGUCCACCCAGUCAGUCCAUGGGGCGUCCCAGCCAAAGGAGGUUACAAGACAAGGUACAAGAGGAACAAGCACACAUUCCUGGUGCAAGAUCGACCACGCAACCAAGGCAAGCGUAGGCCGAGGUAG